CAGCAGCCAUGGCCCAUUACAAGGUCGAGCAGGACGACGGGCUGACCGUCUACUUGAAGUAUCUACUCGCCGUCUUUAACUUCUUCUUCUGGAUGGGGGGUGCCGCGGUCAUGGCCGUGGGCGUCUGGACCCUGGUGGAGAAGAGCGGCUACCUCGGCGUCCUGGCCUCCAGCACCUUUGCCGCGUCCGCCUACAUCCUCAUCUUCGCGGGCACGCUCGUCAUGGUGACCGGCUUCCUGGGCUUCGGUGCCGUCAUCCGCGAGGACAGGAGCUGCCUCUCUGCGUAUUUCUGCCUGUUGCUGGUGAUCUUCCUUGUUGAGCUGGUGGCGGGGGUCCUGGCCCACGUGUACUACCAGAGGCUGAGCGAGGGGCUGAAGCAGCACUUGACCCGGACCCUGGCCGAGGAUUACAGGCAGCCCGGCGCUGCGGAGAUCACAGCCUCCGUGGACCGUCUACAGCAGGAGUUCAGAUGCUGUGGAAGCAACAGCUCAGCCGACUGGCAGCACAGCACGUACAUCCUGUCUCCAGAGGCCGAGGGCCGCCGGGUGCCCGACAGCUGCUGCAAGACCGUGGUGGCACGCUGCGGCCAGCGGGCACACCCCUCCAACAUCUACAAGGUGGAGGGAGGCUGCAUCGCCAAGCUGGAGCAGUUCCUGGCCGACCACCUGCUGCUCAUGGGGGCGGCGGGCAUCGGGGUGGCCUGCCUGCAGAUCUGCGGGAUGAUUCUCACCUGCUGUUGGCACCGGAGGGUCCAGCUGCAUUUACACUAACGGCCGACCUCGCCCCCGUUCCACUGCCGCUCGCAAGCGCAGGGGCCCAAACCCAUCGGCCAGGCCUGCGAUGUCAGCAUCAGCUGGC